AUGAAACAUGCCAAAUUUCAAACACCGCCUUCACCAGAAGUGGUAUUGCCAGGUCGCUAUAUGAUAGAAUUAGCUUCCACUUCGUUUUCUUUUUCUUCUUCUUCCAGUUUUUCUCCAUUCUCUUAUUUUCAAAAAGUUCAUCAACAAGUCUUUAACGAAGCACGGGAAAAAGUAUUUAAUCGAUCAGUCAUUGAAGAUGAAUUUGACAAUACUUUGGAAAGGGAUGAUUGGGCUUCAGCAGCAUCCAAUAUGAACCUCUCUGUAGAACACACGUACGCUGUACCUUCUAUCUUUUAUGGGGCUUCCAUUCAAUUCGAAUUCAAUAACAAUUACAAUGGCAAUAACGACUCCACAACUUCUUUCUCUACUCACCAUGAUUUGAAUAACUCUAAUGAAGAUUAUCAUUCACCUAUGCGUUCUCCUCGACCUCCCUCUUCUUCAACUUUUUCUUCUUCUUCAAUACAUAUCGCCACAUAUGAAAAGAUACUUACCAAGUUCUUUGCUCAUCAAUCUAUUCACAAGAUCUAUCCAGUGACUAUUAUUCAGCGUCCUCGUCCUAAUUCUAGAGAUAGGGAUGAAUUCCGUCGCAAGUCCUUUGUCAAUAUUACUCAACAACUACCACCGGAUUUAGGUUCUUUAGGAUUUCCUUUCAAUUUGGCCGCUCAUCAGAUCAAUCAAGCUCAUGCUGCUGGAUUCGAAGGUCAAGGCAUUGUGGUUGGUAUUGUGGAUUCAGGUGUAGAUUAUUAUCAUCCGGCUCUAGGGGGAGGUUUUGGACCCAAUUUUACUGUGGCCUUGGGUUAUGAUCUAGUUGGCAAUUAUUUCAAUGUGGCUGAUCCAUCUUCUCGACAUGAACAACCUACUCCUUUGGAUGAUUGUGCUGCUGCUCAAUUAGAUGAUUCUGGACAUGGCACUCAUGUUACAGGGAUUAUAGCCAGUAACGACAAACGAUACAAUUUUACUGGUGUUGCACCGAAAUCAAAAAUUGGAAUGUGGCGAGUCUUUAGUUGCAAUGGCUCAACGAGUAGUGAUUUGGUUAUCAAAGGUUUAUUAGAUGCUUAUGAUGCUGGAUGCGAUAUUAUAAAUCUUAGUCUUGGUGGACCGAACAACUGGGAAGAAGAUGUUACUGCGGUUGUGGCUAAUAGGGUAGCGGCUAGUGGAGUGCCUGUGGUGGUAGCAGCUGGAAAUGCUGGUGAUGAAGGUGCCUUCUAUAUUAGUUCACCUAGUACUGGUAGAAAAGUGUUAGCGGUGGGAUCUAUCAACAACAAUGUUACUCUCCAAAUGACGAUGGCUGUGGAUUUAGAAGAUUAUCAGGAAACUUUUGCCUACGAAUUAUCAUCAACUACAACUUCGUUUCCCGAUGGUACCUUGAUAUCAUACAGUAAUAGUAAUCUUACCGACCAUGAAGCAUGUGAAGGAUCUACAUCAACCCAUGAUAUCGUCGAUCGGAUUGUAUUGAUUCGUCGAGGCAACUGCACGUACGAUGAAAAGGUCAAGGUGGCAACUAAAGCUGGUGCUCUAGCUGUAUUAAUUUAUGAUCCAUUACAUCCCAUGGCUUACGCUCCGAUUACUACAGAAUCCGAAUUAUCAAUUCCAAUGGCAGCCGUCUCCAUUUCAACAGCAGAAACUUUUCUAAAAUUACUUGACAACAGCACUUUAACAAAAGGUCAAGGCAUUCCUAUCACUUUUAGUCGUCUUUUAUCUCCUCAACCUGUAGUAUCUGGUGGUCUGGUUUCUGAUUUCUCUAGUGUAGGUCCUACUAAUGAAUUGGCAAUGAAACCACAAAUAUCUGGUAUUGGUGGAUACGUAUUUUCUACAUUACCUCUGGCUCUAGGUGGAUAUGGUAUCUUAUCUGGAACUUCCAUGGCAAGUCCAUUUGUAGCUGGCUGUAUUGCUCUCUUUCUCCAGGCUGAACGAGAAAAGACACAUCCUCGUCAACAAAACAAUGGUGGUCCUUCUUAUAUCAUUGUGGAUGUCGUGGACGUGAUGAACUCGGUGAUGAAUCAUGCUCUACCUGUUCCUGUGGAUCAUCAUACUGGUGGAAACGACAACAAGUCCUUUUUGGAUCAUCCUACCAAGCAAGGUGCUGGCUUGAUUCAAGCUCUUUUACUCUCAAACCUAGUGUACGACACGAUUGAUCAGACCAUUCGUGUAUCGCCUGGACAAAUCAAUUUCAAUGACACUAUACAUCAACAACCACAACAACUUACUAUCAGUAAUCCUGGAUCUCAAAGCAUAAAAGUGGAAGUAAUUGGACAAGAUCCAAGUGUAUCUCUUGUUCCUUACGACACCAAUAAACAAGGAUUUGCACCAUUGGAGCCAGUGGGUAUUGGUCAUGUCAAAUCGAAAUUAUCACUGAUUUCAGAUCAAGGACAACAUCAACAACCGCAACAAAAUCAAAAGGUUCCAGGUAUUGAUGCUUCAGUCACUCAGUGGGAAUUAGCACCAGGACAAGUUAUCUCACUCCAAGUGCAAGUGGUCGAUUUUGAUUAUGGUAAUGAUGAAUCUAUGAAGAAUGAUUCAACACUCUAUAACAGCACAAAUCAUCCUUUUCCUAUUUUUGGUGGUUAUCUCAACAUACAAGCAACACCGAUCUCUUCUGACAACAGCAAACAAACAUUGGUGCGGGUACCUUAUAUGGGUGUGAUUGGUAAUGUGCAGGAUUUGCCUAUUUUUGCACCAGGUUAUCCUUAUUUAGAAGUAGAAUCAACAGAAUCCUCGUCAGCAGAAACAUCGAUGGUGGUACGUUUUUUGACUGGUACAGCAGUAUUUCUGACGGAAGUAUGGAAUUAUGAUAAGGAUCAAGGCAAGAAGACGACUUUUGUGGGAUAUGCCAAUGUCCAUACUUAUCUACCAAGAGAUACGAUGGUCAGCCAUCCCGAAACGAGAUUUCCUUGGAAUGGAACAGUUUUAGUGGAACCACCAAGUUUACCUUCGUUUUUACUUCCAACGUAUGAUAUAAAGGGUGAUGAUGACAAUAACAAGAAUAGAAAUACAAUGGUGGAUGACGUGAUUUCGACAAAUAUAACGAGGACGACUGAUAGUGAACCUUCUGGAACAGCAACUGAACGUCAUGUGCCACCAGGCGUUUAUAUUUUAUAUUGGAAGGCAUUGAAAUUACUGGCAGAUCCUUCAAUACAAACAAGUUGGCAAUCAGUUACGUCGAAACCUUUUGAAAUUACGAAAUAA